AGGUGGGCCAAAUCGGGUCCUGCCCCCUCCUCCCUCUUUCCCCUCCCUCCCUCCUUCCUUCCUUCCUCUUCUUCCCUUCAGAGCUUAGCCCUCUCUCCUCUUCCCACCUGGCCUUUGCCUUCUUCGCCUCCUUCCAACUUCCGCCAGGCGAGGAAGCAGCCUUCCUUCCCGCGGGGACGUUUUAUGUUUUGCUCCGUCCUGUUCUUCCGAACACAAACCAACGCCUGGGGCUUGAGGCAGCGCGUUUGAGACCCAAGCCGACCAGGAAGAGGAACCGAGACAACUUUCCACCCUGGAUUCUCUACUCUUGAUCCAUGGACAGAGCCCAACUCGGCCAAGUUACGGACACACCAUAAGCAGUCCUUGCUCCUUCUACUGCGAUCUGCCCGUGGGAACAGGGUCGCCGCCGCCGCCGCCCAGCAGCAUGGACCGGAGAAGCGAGAGCCCCUCCUGCCUGAGGGACAGCCCCGACCGAGGCAGCGGCAGCCCAGACCUCAAAGGCCCCCCGCCGUUACCACCUCCGGCCAAAGUGGCCCGGCUGGAGCAGAACGGCAGCCCCGUGGGGGCCCGCGGGAGGCCCAACGGCGCCAUGGCCAAGUCCGUGGGAGGCUUGAUGAUCCCUGUCUUUUGUGUGGUGGAGCAACUGGACACUUCUCUUGAAUAUGAUAAUCGAGAAGAACACGCAGAGUUUGUUCUGGUUCGCAAAGAUGUGCUUUUUAGUCAGCUGGUGGAAACUGCACUCCUGGCUCUUGGAUAUUCUCACAGCUCUGCGGCACAGGCACAAGGUAUAAUCAAACUUGGCAAGUGGAAUCCUCUUCCACUCAGUUAUAUGACAGAUGUUCCCGAUGCUACAGUAGCCGACAUGUUACAAGAUGUCUAUCAUGUUGUGACAUUGAAAAUUCAAUUACAAAGUUGUUCAAAGCUAGAAGACUUGCCAGCAGAGCAGUGGAACCAUGCCACAGUCCGCAACGCCUUAAAGGAGUUGCUCAAAGAGAUGAAUCAGAGCACAUUAGCCAAAGAAUGUCCUCUGUCCCAGAGUAUGAUAUCAUCCAUUGUAAAUAGCACAUAUUAUGCCAACGUGUCAACAACCAAGUGCCAGGAGUUUGGGAGAUGGUAUAAAAAGUACAAGAAGAUUAAAGUGGAACGAGUUGAAAGAGACAACAUGUCAGAAUAUUGUGUUCUUGGUCAACGUCCCAUGCACUUACCAAAUAUCAACCAGCUGGCAACCUUGGGCAAAACAAAUGAACAGUCUCCUCAUGGUCAAAUUCACCACAGUACUCCAAUCCGAAAUCAAGUGCCAACUUUGCAGCCAAUCAUGAGUCCUGGUCUUCUUACACCUCAGCUCAAUCCACAACUUGUAAGGCAGCAGAUAGCAAUGGCUCACUUGAUAAACCAACAGAUUGCAGUAAGCCGACUACUGGCUCAUCAGCACCCACAAGCUAUAAACCAACAGUUUCUAAACCAUCCACCCAUUCCUAGAUCCAUCAAGCCAGAGCCAACGAAUUCAUCAGUGGAAGUCUCUCCAGAUAUCUACCAGCAAGUCAGGGAUGAGUUGAAGCGAGCUAGUGUAUCCCAAGCUGUUUUUGCAAGAGUGGCUUUCAAUCGCACACAGGGAUUGCUAUCAGAGAUACUGCGUAAAGAAGAAGACCCUAGAACAGCUUCCCAGUCUCUCCUGGUAAAUCUGAGGGCAAUGCAGAAUUUCCUCAACUUACCUGAGACAGAACGAGAUCGUAUUUAUCAGGAUGAGAGAGAGAGGAGUAUGAAUCCCAAUGUGAGCAUGGUGUCUUCAGCAGCCAGCAGUCCAAGCUCCUCCAGAACCCCCCAGGCCAAAACCUCGACACCGACAACAGACCUCCCCAUUAAGGUGGACGGAGCCAACAUAAACAUCACAGCUGCCAUUUAUGACGAGAUCCAACAGGAGAUGAAAAGGGCCAAGGUGUCUCAGGCUCUGUUCGCCAAAGUGGCUGCCAACAAAAGUCAGGGCUGGCUUUGUGAGUUGCUCCGAUGGAAAGAAAACCCAAGUCCAGAAAAUCGUACACUCUGGGAAAAUCUGUGUACCAUCCGACGCUUCCUGAGUCUUCCCCAGCAUGAAAGGGAUGCAAUCUAUGAAGAAGAGUCCAGGCAUCAUCACAGUGAACGCAUGCAGCAUGUUGUCCAGAUUACCACUGAACCUGUACAGGUACUUCAAAGACCACAGUCGCAGCCAACCAAGGAAAACUCACCUCCCAGAGAAGAGCCCGCACUUCAACCUUCAGAAGAUACAUGCACAAAGAAAACGAGAUCCCGCACUAAGAUUUCUUUAGAGGCUUUGGGCAUCCUUCAGAGUUUCAUCCACGACGUUGGCCUCUAUCCAGAUCAGGAGGCCAUCCAUACCUUGUCUGCCCAAUUGGAUCUACCUAAGCACACCAUCAUCAAAUUCUUCCAGAACCAGCGUUACCAUGUAAAGCACCAUGGGAAGCUAAAAGAUCAUUUGGGGACAGUGGUGGAUGUGGCAGAAUACAAAGAUGAGGAGCUGCUGACUGAGUCAGAGGAGAUUGACAGUGAGGAGGGCUCUGAGGAAAUGUAUAAAGUGGAAACAGAAGAAGAGAAUUCUGAAAAAAGCAAGGCAACUCCAUCAGAAACGGAACAGAGAUAAUGUGAAAACAUCACAGGCAAAAGCAAUACAUUGAUCCAAGACCUUUUACUCUCUCUCUCUCUUUUUUUUUUUUGGCUUCUUUUAAAAAUGUGUUGGGGGUAUUUUCAGUAUGCAUAAAAUAUUUGCAAAUUGAACAAUUAUUUUGCAUAACCCAAUCAGACAUUCCCUUGUGAUAGGCACUUACAUGUUAGACUUUUUUGUUGACUGAAACAAUGUUAACUGUAAUUCUUGUAGGAUUACAUCAUUACAAAACCUUGCACUUAUGAAAAGGACCCUCUAGCAAGGUACAGAAGAAGUAGACCUAUGAAAUCAAUGAAGGAAAUGAUAAUGACAUCAGUGUAUGUGUGUGUGUGUAUAUAUAUAUAUUAUAUAUAUAUAUAUUUACAUCAAAUAUAUGCAUAUAUGAAAUUUGCAUGGGACAUAACUUUACAAUCUGAAAGUAUAGACUGUGAAAUGAGCUCGUUAAAAAUGAGUCUUGUUUAUGUAUUAACAAAAAAGAAAACCACUUCACAAUGAGUUGCUUUGGCUUUUAGAUUAACUAUUGCCUGCUCUCAAGGGUGUGGUUACUAUUUUGGAAUACCUAUUUAUUUUCUAUGUUCAUCCCUGAUUUCUUAAAAUGAUUAUUAUGGCUUCCACUUCGGCAGCUUGUUGGGCAAUUUUUGAGGUAUGCAUUUUAAAAAUCCAAAUCAACACUGCCAAAAAAUAAUAAUUUAGAAAAAGUGCAAGAGAAGGUGAGAGAAAAUUUGAAACAAAAUCAGGGCACCUUAAAAUAAACUGAAAUGAAAUAACUUUUAAGAAAACAUUAGUAACUAAUGCACAUUUAAUGUCACAGGGCAUGGUUUGUUUUUUAUCCUUUUUUGUAGCAAACAGAUGGAUUUUCACAGACUUUUCUGUGAAAAUUCAGUGCACAGUAGACCUUUCUGUUAAUAAGAUCUUCAUGAACAGUCGCUUUAAUGAGAUUUAGUAGUGUGUGGACUUUUACAUUGAGCCACAGCUAAUAGUGGUGAUUUUUCUUCCUCUGAAGACGCAAACCAUCUACACUGUUACUGUGCAACUUCUCUUUGAUUCCAGUGGGGCGUGUGCAGAUACAUUUCUUGUUCUUGUGCUCCUCUAGUGUCUGUCUGAUAUUAAUGUUUAAUAAAGUUUUUAUAAGUGAAAGAAUAAAACUGAAUCGACAGCUAUUAUUCUGGGCAAGUGUGUCUAGUUCUUAGUCAGUUAAAGGGUCUGAUGGUUCUCCAGUGCCAAAUUUCCUUCCAUGUUUUUUUCCCUGUCACAUUAGAAAUAUUAUACUUCGUCUAAAAUGUUUUUGGUGAAUAGCUUCCCUAGGUACAGUUUUUCCAUGGUACGGCAGACUUGGUGGGAACAUAUUUUUGGAACUUGCUGAAAUUUUCAGUAAUGAGAGUAAGCCAAACAAUUUCUCUGCAGUCACUUCCUUGUCAUAAACUGAAACCUUUUCACAGUGACCUAACAUUGCGAUUCCGUUACAUAAAGCAGAACUAAUGUUGACUGACUCUUCAAUAGUACAAGCAUUAAAGCUGCAAUCUACUAUAGUCUCCAACAGGUUUUUAAAGCUAAGGUUUGCAAGUAACACAGACCGUAUUGAUAUUCCUACUGGGCAUAAAGAUAUCCCUCCGCCCCUCCUUAUCCUGCAAAGGAUAUUUGGACUUCCUAAUGUGUCUGGGUUGAUUUGUGGGUUUUUAAAUUUAUUGGCAGGCUUCCUUUUGACACCUACUUUGUAACUUUAAACAAAGACCAUGCAAUAUAUCACCUGGAAAGCUGUUUUAUGUUUCUUGCACAGGCAUUGUAAUAUAUAACUGUUAAUACUAUUUAUAUAUUUGAAAGGUAUAAAAGGCAGGCUCUGUAUAGAUAGUUGCUCAGAACGUAACAACAUACAGGGAGACAACAUGUUGCAAUACUAGCUAAUUGUAGCUGCUCAAUAACCUCUGAAAUUUUAAAGGGACUUUUCCAGAAUCAAUCACUGACAUCCACAGUGUAUCUGUAUUCAUUUCAUAUAUCUUUGGAAAACAAUGUUGACUGAAAUUCUUCAUCUUUUCCUUCUGUAGUAUGCUGCAGCUUUAAUCAAAAAUUCAGUCGGCGUUGCUUUAUGUUCUCUGUCAAGGUACUCUUUCCAAACCCUUAUUGAAACUCUCUUGCUGAAAUGACUACAUACAUGUGAUAUUGGUCAGGAUGGCAUCAGCAUUGGUUAUUUUCUAAAAAAACACUUUGACCAAAAAUUUAGUAGGUAUUUUGUUUUCAAUGCUGAAUCUUGCCUUUUUUCUGGUUUUUUUUCACUGCCAGUUUUGCAGUGGUUCUUCGAAGUGAAUCUGUGGGCAUUUUCGCCUGUGGUCUUGCCAGAACUUUGCGAAAUACAAUGCAUAUAUGUCUAUUUAUUCAAUAUUCAUCAUAUAAUAUCUAUUUGGAAAAAGAAUCUUUUCUUGUAGUGCCUCUUAACAAAGCACAAUUUUCCGCCUUUUUUGUGAAGUAAAAGAAAACUUUUAAAAAAUUGUGUUUAUUGCAGUAUCAACAAUGUGAAUGAGGAUUAACAUAUUGUAAAUGUUCUUUUUCCAUGUAAAUCAACUUGAUCUUUGUUAUCACUAAGUGAUAAUUAAAUUUUAACUUAUGUGCAUUGUUAGUCUGUUAGAAUUUUUUGGUUGUUGAAAUAAAACACAUUCAGAAAAUGA